GUGAUUGGAAACGGGAUUUCGCCUUCAAACUAAAAUCGGGCAUUAGUCGGAGGCAAAAAACAAAAAACGGGUCACUUCAUUAUUGUUUUCAGUUAUCGAAAACGCCUAAAGAAUAUUCAUAUGGUAGUGAUUUGCCAUAAGCUUAAUGGAUCUUGACCAGAUAAUUCGUAUUUGGGAGAAGCUGUUUGGCUAAUAAACGAUGUGGCAUCUUUCAUGAAUAAAAGUGCACCGAAGGCGACAUUUUCGCAACAGCGGCCACAAUGACAAACAAGUAUUAUUAUUUACUGCCUAAAAUACACGAGUUAAAGGUUUGGGCUUUGUAGCUAUCAGGCCUGCUGUAAAGUGUUCACUAACUUUGUCAGGCAGGUUUUUGUUUUGAAAGUUUCUACCACCCUCCAUAUCCGGCGUUAGCUCGCAGUCGACCCUGCUGUCAGUGGGACUGCCUGGUGUGUCACUGUACCGUGUCUCACACUCUGCGGGUAUGAUUCCAGGGUCUCUUUACGCGUUGUUAGCGGGCUUUCUGGGUGCAGCUGCCUCUCUGUCCGCCAAGCUGUCCCUCGGUGCUGACUACCUGAGAGACAUCUGUGAGUCCGGGCUGAGCGGCUGGACUCAAACACACGGCGGAACCACAGCCUGUGACUGGCUCCACAUCCCCCUGCGGCUGCUGUGUGGAGGCCUGCUGUUCACCUGUAACGCCGUCAUGUGGACCUUCUUCUCCAAGGCUCUUCGACACUGCUCCUCCUCAGCCAGGGCCACCGUCUCCACCACGGCAUCCAACUUCAUCUCCUCAGCCGUCCUGGGGAGGGUGAUCUUCGGAGAGACCCAUGCAGCUCUGUGGUGGGUGGGCAUAUCUCUCACACUGUGUGGACUGCUCGUACUCCAUGGAUCCGUGCCUCAGACGCUCCCACAGGGAGAGGAGGAGGGCAGGAAGGACAAGUGAUGCAGCUUUGGCUGAGGCAUGCAGCCACUGCUCCUCAGGUGCAGACACAUCUACCUGUGGCCAGACUCCCUGGGGGAGUAAUGAUGGAUAAUGGACUUUCUCAGGUACCUAAAAGUGGAAAUGUUGCUCCUAAGUGUCUUAUUA